AUGAAGGCAACCCUCGCGGCCGUUGUGUUGGCCAUUCUGGCAGAUGGGGCCGCCGUCGGUGAAAGGACGAACGCUGCGCCACAAGAAGGAGCUCCCAGGACAAACGGCACGUCCUUCAGUCUCAAUCAAGUCAGGAAUCAGGACUUCCAAGGCCACAACGGAGCCGUGGCCUUUUUGCGCGCUCAUUUCAAAUAUGCCGACAGCUUACCAGAUCAUCUGUCCAAACUGGUGCAAGACACUCCAGACUUUCGCCUCAAGGCUGGUUGGAGCGGCCAAGGAGGGCAGACGGGAAGCGUCCUGGCAAGUCCCUCAUUUUUGGUGGACACGGAAUACUCAGUCAUCGUCAAAAUCGGUUCACCUCCGCAGAAAAUUCCCAUGAACCUGGAUACCGGGUCCUCCGACUUCUGGGUGUUUUCAACCGAGACAGACAAAGCUUUGGUCAGGGGUCAAGUGCUUUACGACGCCAACAGAUCAUUUACGAGCCAUUUCUUAACCGGACAAUCGUGGAAAAUCAAGUACGGCGACAACACUACAGCUAGUGGUUAUGUGUACACCGACAGGGUGGAGAUUGGCGGCACCCAUGUAAAUGCCCAGGCUGUCCAAGUUGCCGUGAAUGUGUCCAAGGCUCUUACGAAGGAUGACUUUGUGUGUGGAAUAUUGGGCAUGGCCAACAGUGCUGCCAACACGGUUCGGCCUACGCGUCAGCUAACCUACAUUGACAACAUCAAGAACGACCUGGCUAGACCGUUAUUCACAGCAGACCUGCGAAGUCAAGCCCCCGGCACUUAUAACUUUGGUUUUAUCGACCACUCUGCGUAUAUCGACGACAUCGCCUAUACGCCAAUCGAACGUUCGUUUCCCCUGUGGAUGAUCAAGACUACAGGACACAAGGUCGGCACAUAUCACGGCAACGAAGCCGUCGAGGCCAUUGUGGACACUGGCACCUCUCUUCUACUGCUCCCCGAGUCCGUGGUUUCCAGCUACUAUGCGAGGGUUCCUGGAUCCAGCGUCGAUCCGUUCCUGGGCAUGGUCGUCGUCCCCUGCAAUGCCAAACUGCCCGACUUCUAUCUCAAAAUCGGUUCAUAUCGUGGCAGAGUCCCCGGCAGCUAUAUGAAUUACGGGCCGCUCGACCCCCAGCGCUGCUACGGGGGCCUGCAGUCUUCUCGUGCGUUGCCGUUCUCGGUCAUCGGGGACGUCUUUCUCAAGGCUCAGUUCGCCGUGUUUGACUAUGGAAAUGCACGUGUGGGGUUUGCAAACAAACGUCUCUAUGUAUAA